AUGGCCGAGGACUCGUCGAGAGCCUCGUCGCCCGAGCCCGGCGAGGCGGCGCCGCCCAGAGGACGCAUCAUCCAGCUCAAGUCGUCGUCCAGCGCCAGCCGCGGCUCCAUGGAGCGCCAGUCGCUCGAGUCCGCGCGCGCGGGCGCGUCCCCCGCCUACAGCCAGCACAGCCAGCAGUGGCGCGGCGGCUCCCCGCCCCGCAGCCGCUUCCCGCGGCCGGCCUACAGCAGCUCAGGCGGCGGCGGCCGCGGCUACUUCAAGCGCCAGCAGCAGCAGCAGCAGCAGAUGAGCUACGACGUCGCGGACAGAGGCGGCGCGCCCCCGUACCCGAGAGAGCGCGUGUUCUCGCGCGCCAGAGGCCGCUCCGUGUCCCGCUCGCCCUCGAGGGCCUCGCAGCGCACGCGCUCCAGAUCGAGAUCGCACUCGCCACGGUCGCCCAAGUCCCCGCAGCGCUCGCGCUCGAGGUCGCGCUCCAGGUCCUUCUCGCCCAGAGGCCACCGCACGUUCGCCAACUGGGAGCGGAGCGCGCGCAACCCGCCGACAGGACAGCAGCAGUACGUCUCAGGGCGAGGAGGACGCGGCGGCGGCGGCAGCUUCGACAGCAGACAGCGCGGACGGGAGCGCGACUCGUGGUCCAGCAGAGGGGGACGGGGAGGAGGACGCUACACCAACUACCAGCGCGGCAACCGGUUCUACCCUAAGGAGGUGCGCUACAAAACGGCGGCGCCGGUGCCGCGUGGACGCUCGAUCAGUCGAGACCGAGGCAGCAGCGAAGCCACCACGCAGGCGCCCGCUGGAUUCCGCGACCGACAGAUCCGAGAGAGGGACCCGCGCGAUCGUGAGCGGGAGUAUGAGCAGGCGUAUCGUGGACGCCCGCGGGAGCGGGACAUGGGCAACAGGUCGACGUCGCUUGUGCGCACGUCGAGCUUCUCGUCGGAAUACUACAGGGACAGCGAGCCGUCUGCGAGCGCCGAAGAAGGCGAAGAGAAGCCCGAGGAGAGUCACGUUACGACCAGCGAGAGGUCCCUUGGCUCACGUUCUCCAAGUGAUACAGGAAGCACGGAUCGGGAUAUGACCAGCACGGCAGAGAGUGGCAUGAAGCGAAUGUCGAGCAUGCCUGCACGACCGCCUCGUCCAACUGCGGACAGCUAUUCCUCGUAUCGAAGGGAGGCCAGCUCGCCGAUUGCAACCGAUGGAUACAGGUCUCCUGUUGACAGGAGGGAGCGAUACUCUUGUGAAACCGCAUCCAGGAGCUACAUGACGGAGAGGUACGAUGCCGAGCGUUCAAGGUCACGUAUUGAUUCGAGGGAAGUGGACAGACGCGAUGCGAGGAGUAGGGCGUAUGGAUCGCCUUCAGUGGAUGAAGAUGAUGCGGUGAAACGGAAGUCUCGUGCAGAAUCGAUGGAUAGGACUAUGGCGGAUGCUGGAGACCGGCGCGGGCGUUCAAGUCCGGGAGCAGAUAGUAGCUCUUCCAUGCGAUCUUGGGGAGGCAAAGCGAUGCCUAAUCAGACGAAGGAAGCCACGAAAACCGAUGAGCGUGUCGAUAAGAGUACGUCUAAGGCGAGUGAAGCUGUAAGUAUAGCCAAGGACGCCUCAGACACUAUUACGAAGGCUACGACAGCUCCAUUGGACUCUUCUGAAGCACCGGGCGCAGCAGCAGUGGAAACAGAAACCGAUGAAAAACGCUCUGCUGUUGUGGAUACUGAAGCACAAUCACCGCCCAAGGAAAAUCAAGCCCCCGUUAACCAGGGCGCGUCAGAUUACCCUGAAUCGAAGAUAAGCGUUGGAAACAGGACGACAGUGCCAGCAGAGCUUGAUUCCACUAGGCCCGAACUCGAUGAAAGUAAGAGCGCAGGAAUUACAAGAAGUCAUGAUCGAGAAAUGAUCGACGAUGACAAGGCCGACAAAAAAACCGUUUCCACGCACGAUGUUGACGUGGACAUGGACGCAGCUCCCAGUGUGAAUCAACAAGCUUCAAGCCAACGGGAAGUCUCAGGAUCUGAUAUCGAGAUGAAACGCGUUGGUAAUGAUGAGGAGCAGAAGGGUGCUAAGAAGGAACUUCCGAGCGAGGCGCCAGUCUCCGAAGCACCCACAAGUGAAACACCAGUUUCCGAAGCACCUGCAAUCGAACCCCGCGUCAUACCCGAAGCAAAAGAAAUCGAAGAAGGUGAAAUGGUGGGUGAAGCAGUGAUACCAUCAAGCAAAAAGGACUUGGCGGAGGGCCAUACUCCACCUACCGGUUAUGACAUUUCCAAAGCAAAGCAAAACAGAAGUUCCCUCGAGCGCGCCCUGGAGGGAAAUCGUGUUGGUGCCACUGCAAAGACAGAUACUCAGCCUGAUCCUGGAGUGGGGCGUCAAAAGCGGGCGAGGCUUGAACGUAGCAGGACUGACCCGUCAUCCGCGGUUUAUGCGGAUAGCAAUAAGCCUCGGUCAACUUCGUUUUCGUCGUUCGCCCUGUCAGAUAGCCGACGGCGAGAUGAAAAUGUUGGUGAGGAGGAGAAGUCAUCUUUACAUGGGGGCUUGGAGGCAUCAGCCCAUGGAGGGAAUCAGGACGUGUUUCUGAAGCAGAGAGGUGAUUCGUCAUUUCUCACACAGAAGAACUCGCCUCCGCGCAGUGGACGCCCUGCACUCGAUCGUCGUGCUUCGUUUUCAGCACUUCCAGAACGCAGUCACUAUUCGUCAGGGCAUACUCCUUCGGAUGCUCGCCUGACCGCAAGCUCGAUGGGAUAUGCUGGUGGAAGUAAAACGUCUCGUGCAGCUUCGUCUUUUUCGAGCAAGUCCUCUCCUCCAAAACCCUUUUUUGCUACAUCGGAAAGCAAUGCUGAAGGUCGAAGAAGAGGACCCCACGAUGACUUGAAGAAAGAAGAUGCGGUGAGAAGAGAGUUGAUGCGAGCAGGAUCAAUGGAUAGCAUUAUGGACAGAGGUGUUCAGCGGUCAUUCCCAGUAGCGGAACGGGUCAAAGAAUCGUCUACAAGUGCGACUAAUUCGCCAAGUCGAAGAAGUGCUAGCGACUUACGCGGCUCGCAAUUGCGUGAAGAGUUGCCUGCAUUACCGGAUAUUCCCCUUCCUAGUGGCGCGGUUCGUGGAACCCCAUCACCUACUGUACUGGGGGAAGGGACGCCAACGAAGCGCCAGAGGCCUCGGCUGGGCUGGGGCCAAGGCUUAGUCGCGCAAUCACCACCUCAACCUACUAAACGGCCACGAAUUGGGUGGGGCCAGGGCCUAAUGCAGCAAAAAGACGACAGUUUGCAUCUAAGAGAUGAGACGUCUGGCAGUGCUUCGCAAGAAAAUGAUUCAUCUGGCGCCCACUCCAGCCCAGUGAAGACUGAAGAAGCCGCCGUAAAGGGUGAUGCACCGGAGGACGAGCAACAUUCAAGAGCUACUGCUGAAGUGUCGAAGGGUGGCCAUGAUGUUGCUGAAGACGCCAGUGGAAAACAAAUUCAGGUUGCUGAGGAGAAGGCUGUCGUGAUGUCUACGCCGGAAAAAGUGAAGUCGCCAACGCCAAUGCUCGCAAAGGAGUCUUCUACACCUGUGAAACAUGAAACAGGAAAGAAUGACCAGAUGAGCGUGGAUGGCGGUAGUGACACCGAACUCGAUGCCGAAGCGCCACCAGAACCGUCGAAGGAGGAAAUUCUCUCGACAAUUGAUGUUUUGGACUCGGAUAUCACGGGUGUGAAGAAGCAGAUUAAAGCACUGCAAAGAGCGAUUGCAAAUGCGGAGGCCAAGCAUGAAUCGCCUUCAAAACCGGUCGAUAUGGAGGUUGUUUCUGUAGGUGAACCUGGCUCUGCGGUUGCCACGGCAAAGUUGGGUAAUGCAGCUGCUGAGCCCGGCUUGGAAGUCACCCCCGCUUCUCCUACAAAUGCUUCUACUACCUCCGAUGACCAAGCUCGUUUUAGUGCUCCGGUGAAAGUGGCGGUGGAUUCCAAGUUUGUCGAGUUGUUAGCGGGUGUGUUUUCAGAUAACAUGCGAAAGACGGCCGCUGCUAAUGAGCAAAUUCCAAAGCGAAUGGAGCAGGGUCAAUUAGCAACAAGAAUCUACCACCAACCCAGCGACUACGCCUUUUACCAGGCAAAUAUUGAUCGCGGGUCGGCAAUUUCGGACCAGGUUCGCUUGAAAGUACGGAGGAGGAAUCGCGCUCGUCACGAGUACAUGAAGAAACUUGCCCGGGAUUACGUUGAGCUGAAGAAGUCGUGGAAAUUGGGAGUGAAAAAAAUGGAGAAAGAUCGGAAACGCCAGGACAAAUUACGUCUAAAGCAGCUUCAGAAACAGAAACUGAAAAGCAUGGGCGAGAGUGGGCCGAUCCGAACGACGAAUACCAAUCACCAGAGCCCUCACGUGCAGCAGUUAGUUGCUGCUGAGAAAGCGGCUGAAGCUGCUGGAAAUGAGGGUGCUGUGCGGACAUCCUCGCGUUUGACGAAUAAUUCCAGCGGUGAUUUGGACAACAACGAUUUGGAGAAGAUUGAGCAGGCAAAGGCUCAAGCACUCAUCGACCAAGAGGUUCGGAAAAAGCGACUUAAGAACGCGUUAUCAACAGUUAUUCCUGACAUGUUGAUCACUCCGGCGGAGCGACAGCAGCGUUACUUUACGCGUUUCGUAAAUGGUCAAAGUUGUAUGGCUGAUGGUCUUGUGACGGACUGGAAAUUGAAGGAGAAGGCCGAGAUGAAGGUGAACCCUUGGAACGACUUGGAGAAGUGCAUUUACAUGGACAAGUUUUUGCAGUUCCCGAAAAAUUUCCCGCGGAUUUCAUCUUUCUUGAGGAAUAAGACUACCGGAGAUGUUAUAGCUUUUUAUUAUCGGACCAAGAAAGUGGCGGACUACAAGGCAUUGCUUCGAGAACAACAGUUGAGGCGUCGGGGAGCAGGAUCUAAAAACACUUGGAGUUGUUGGAAUUUGUCGGCAUGUGCGGCGAUUUGUCUUGGCGUUCAGUUCCCGGAACACGUCGCGAAGUUAUUGCUGCAUCCAUCGAACUUCCGUUCGCACCAAGCCUCGGAUAAUAUCCUUAAUUCAGCCGGUGCUCAGCGGUUGUUACGUGGUUCUGCUUCCAAGGUGGCUGGAAAUGCAAACACUGCGUCAAACACUGAAGGUAGUGCUACUGGUUCAUCGGAAGUUUUAUCUGCUUUAGACUUGGUGUCCGGCUCAGACCACACACCAUGUGUUCGACCGCCGACGGCAGAAGAGGGUAUACAGCUUGAUGAUAUCGUGAACUCGGGAGAUUCCGAUACUUCGGACGAGGAAAAGUUCAACUUGUACACACAGCAGCUGGAACAGUUCAUUGCGGGACAGCAACGUCCUUUCUUGGUGGAUUACGCAUCACUACUAAGUGACAAUUCGUACAGCACGGGUUACGAAGUCUCCACCUUGUCAAUAGAAGGACGACUGAAGAAGUAUCCGACCCCUAGCAAGGAGCUUGAAUCCGCCGCGAAUGGUGGAGCAGUAGGCAGCAGUGCCAGCAUUGUAUCCCAAGAAGCCGCGUCGUCAAAGGGCAAGCAGCAGGUUCAGGCAGCAGGAUCCAAUGGAAACUCGAAAAAUGGUGGACCUCACUUGACGAAGAAGGAACUAAAACAACAACGGAAAAUGAAGAAGAUGCAAGAGGGAGCUGCGAUGCCGGUAUCAGCAACUACUCCGACGGCUCCAUCAAGUUCCUCGCAAUCUGUUGGUAACACGGGGGCAGAAAAGGCUGGAAACCACAGCAGGAAGAAAGGUGCCGCUGGUUCCGCAACAGCUACAAACGCUACUUCAAACAAUCGUUCUACACCUCGUAUUUCCAUUCCUGGGGAGGACAAGGUAACGCAAGGUGGAAAGAAAACGAGUCGGAACGGCGGUGCCACACCUGCCUCACGUCGAAACAGUCAGCAGCCAAACCCUACGAAUGCAUCCCCGAAGACCAAUACGACCACAAGCUCGACAACUGCAAUGGGAACUGCAUCGAUUUCGGCACCAGCAUCAGGGUCGACGAAAAAGAGUGCAGGAGGAACCGUUACUCCCCACACCAAGACUUCGUCACCAUCAGCGAACGCAGGUGGCAGCAGCAAUGCGAACGCAGCAGCACCAGCAAAACGCGUGGUUCAAAAAUGGACGGAAGGGGAAAAGGCAGACUUCCUGAAGUACUUCUCGCAAUAUGGAAAGGACUGGGCGACACUAACGGAAAACAUUCCGACGAAGACGGCUGCCCAAAUCAAGAACUAUUACCAGAACUACAAGAAUCGACUUAACCUGCAGGAUAUUCUGAAGCGCCGUAUCGAAAACGCAGCGACAAGUGGAACCGCUAAGGGGGCAGCGUCAGCGGCUGCGAGUGGUAACAUGACUGCGUCUCCCCGGUCUGCCGCCGCUGGGCUUAUGAGUGGUACACUGCGUCAGAUGGGCCGUUCGGUCGAACUUCCAGGUGGAAUCUCCAUGGGAAUGCCGAGUGGAUCAUUGGCCGUGGGGGUCAGUGAUGGCAACAUGUCUUUUCAAGCGGCACUAAAUGCAGCACAGCCAGGAAUGCAUAACGUGGGUGAACUCGCGAUGAACCAGUUCGGAAUGCAAGCUCAUCAAGACCCGCAACAUCAGCAGCAGCAACAGCAGUCUCGCGAAAUGAUGAACCCGGCGUCCAACUCGGAGCGUUAUCUGAAGCUGCUGAAUAUGCAGCAUCAAUUGCAAAUCAUGCAAUUCCAGCAGCAGCAAAAGUCGCAGGGGAUGACUUCUGACAGCACUGCCGGAGGAAACAACACUGCUCAGUUCCACGAGAGUCAGAUGAGUGCUGCGAAUGCGCAGCGACUUUAUCAAUUCUCUCGUCAGCAGCAGCAGCAGCAGCAGCACCAAGUACCCCCACAGCAUUUGUCACUGCAAGCUCUCCAACAACUAGGACUUUCUUCCCAGCCCCAUGCCUCGUCGCACAGCCAAGUAAUGCAGCUUUCGAUGCAGCAGCACCACCAAGCGAGGGGAUCGUACGCUGAAAUGGGUCACCCGAGCAACAUGUACCAACCCAUGGCUCAGAUGCAGACUCAAGAGCAUCCUCAGCAAGCAAUGGCUACUGCUGGACAAAUCGGUUUAUCGCCAACAAGCGUUCAGCAGUACGACAGGCCCGUGGAUACGAGUACGAGUGUUGGGGCAGAUGGAAUGGGUCCAGCAAGAGGUAACGCUGGAGGUACCCCGAAUCAAAUAGGGCGCCAUGAUAGCUCGCAGCGGACGAUGAUGAAUAUGGCGAUGAUGAAUAACGCGGCUUCUGGAAAUGUGGGCACUAUCUCGCAGUCAGCCAGCAGCCCCCAUCAACCUUCAGUAGCCCCUCCUCGCUCGAUGCCGAUGGAAUCAAGCAGACCAGCAGAGAGGGAGUCGCGGCAAAGUGGUUGGCAGCCUUCUCCUGCUGCGGGCGCUCCUACUCCUGGAGGUGCUAAGGCGCAGGGGUCAACAACCAAUACGGUUUCGAGCGCACCACAGCAGCAGGACAGCGCCCCUAAGGGCCGUGAAGCGCUCGCACCGCCAGCACCUCCUCCUGUGCAGCCUGUCCGCAGCCGGAUGUCCUUCUCGUCGAUUCUGAACGAGUCGGAGUCGCCGAGGGAUGACACUCCUAGAGGGAAUGGGUCGAUGGUAAUUCGUCAGCAGGAGUCGCCUCGCGUUUCUGAACAGCAGCGUCAACAGCGAGAGCAGCAACAACAACAACAGCGGCAACAGCCGCAGCUUCGUAUCGAGCACGCUCGUGCGAUUCCGCCUUCUUCUGCUGCCGAGUUGGCUCGAUCUCCUGUGUCUGCGCCAAGCCCGACUGCGCACUUGCUGCCGCGAAGGUCUUCCGCGCCUGCUCAUAACCGGAUGGGCUUGAUGUCAAGCCUCCUGAAUGUUCCGUCACCUGAGCGCAGGACCUCAACCCCCGGCCAUCAGUCUCCUGUGAUGCAUCAGCAGCAGCAAAUGCAGCGGCAAAUGCAGGCUGCUCGCUACUACGAUCCAAGUGCAAGCAGUGCUGAUAGCACGGGUACGACUUCGCGAGGCUCGAUUGCAACGAUGGUGAGUGGCGUUCCUGUUUCGUCGACGAUGUCAUCCACGAUGGUGCGCAGCAGUCCGAACGACAAGAUGUCGGCUCCAACGAGUAUGGCCAGCUACACCAACGCGUCCGCGCAGAUGGCAGUGGCUCUGACACGCAGCGGCUCAGGUUCUUCCACGUCGUCGGCGGUUUCGGCAAAUGCUGUGAAGGUGGACCCGCACGCUCAACAACUUCAGCAGCAGCAGCAGCAACAACAACAGCAACAGCAGCAACAACAGCAGCAGAUGUGGAGCUACGCGCCCCAGAUGCGCCUUGAAGAAGCCGAACUGCUCCUGCGGGCCCAGCGUGCAGAGGAAGAAGCUGCCAGAGCGGCAGCGGCGGCCGCUGCCGCUGCACGCGCUCUGCAGGAGGCGCAGAAGGCGCGUCAGCAAGCGCUGGACAUGGCUGCCAAUAUGGCGCGGUACAACAGUGCAAUGCAGCAGCAGCAAGCUCAACAACAGCAGGCCCAGCAACAACAGCAAGCCCAACAGUACCAACAACAGCAAGCCCAACAGUACCAACAACUCCAGCAGUAUCAGCAGCUUCAAGCUCAGCAGCAGCACGAAUACCAUCAUCAGCACCAAGCCCAACAGCUCCACCAGCAGCAAAUGCAGCAACAAGCGCUCCACCACCACUUGCAAUUAAUGCAACAGCAGCAACAACAGCCUCCCCGUGGCCCUGAGCGGUAA